AUGGUCAAAACCACAAAAUUAUUAGGCGAAAUGCGCGCGGACCGUAUGUCCGCACAUUCCUCCGCCAAACCUGAUUCACAUGAAUCAGUAUUAACCGCUCCAGAGGGAGCAGAUACACCAGCUCCAGAGGGAGCACACACGCCAGCUUCAGAGGAAGUCAUACCAUCAGGCUCAGAAGAAGCCAAUAACUCUCGUUCGGCGGACGAGCCAUUACAAUACCAACGGGAUAAUGACGAUGAUGUGUUGAGUCUAUUUGCGGACAAUAAUCUUGACGUAGAUAAUGAUAGUUUACUCGAGUCUAUUGAUUAA